AGCUUUAAGUCAUCUAACAGUGGGUGGAAUGUCCACUUCUGGCUGGGUGAGACUUCUUCUCAAGAUGAGGUUGGAUCAGCUGCCAUAAAAACAGUAGAGAUCGACCAGGCUCUCAACGGCCUUCCAGUACAAUACAGAGAAGUGCAGGCACAUGAAUCGCCGCUGUUUCUGUCAUAUUUCCCGAAUGGCGUCAGAUAUAUCGCAGGAGGUUACGAGUCCGGAUUUCAUCAUGUGGAGGACAAGUUCAAAGACUGGAAGCCAAGACUGUUUCACUGUAAAGGCAAAAGGAACGUUCGCUGUCAUCAGGUGAUCUUUACUUAA